AUGGAGAACCAAACAACUGAGACUAGGUUCUUUCUGCUUGGGCUCGCCAGUGUCCCUCACCUGCAGGGCAUAUAUGUUUUCCUUUUCCUGGUGAUGUAUGUGGUCACAUUGUCUGGAAACCUUCUACUGAUUGACGUGGUGGCAAUCAGCCCGCAGCUCCAGACACCAAUGUAUUUUUUCCUUAGUAACCUCUCUGUCAUUGACAUUUUCUUCUCUUCCACGAUUGUCCCCAAAAUCCUUAUGAACACCUUAUCUCAAGACAGGAGUAUCUCCUUGUUGGGAUGCGCAACUCAGAUGUACUUCCAUCUAGCACUUGGGGCCACUGAAUGCAUUUUAUUGGCUGUGAUGGCCUACGACCGAUACACAGCCAUCUGUAAACCAUUGCACUAUAAUGCCAUCAUGAACAGGGGGUCUUGCAUUGCUAUGGCCGCUGCAUCGUGGUCCAUCAGUUUUGUUGAUUCUGCUAUCCAUGUGGCUCUUACUUUUCAGCUCCCUUAUUGUAAGUCCCACCGCAUUAACCAUUUCUUCUGCGAGAUGCCUCCUUUCUUCCGUCUGUCUUGCAGGGACACUUGGCUCAAUGAGGUGAUAAUGUACAUCUCAGCUGGGAUCAUCGCCAUGUGCUCCUUCUGUUUGACUCUCAUUUCUUACAUUCAUAUAAUCUCUACCAUACUGAAAAUCUGUUCAUCCCAAGGACAACAUAAAGCCUUCUCCACGUGCGUCUCCCACCUGACAGUGGUCUCUCUCUACUACGGCACCAUCAUGUUUACGUAUCUGCGUCCCCGUUCUACUCACUCUCCAGAUAUAGACAAAACCGUCUCCAUUAUCUACACCACAGUUUCUCCGAUGCUGAACCCUAUUAUCUACAGCAUAAGAAAUAAGGAUGUCAUAGACUCUAUCAAAAAGAAAUUAAAUGAAAAAUGGGGAAAAUGA